AUGGCUCUCGACGUCAAAGUCUUCGAAUCUAUAGUUCCCUCUCGCUUCCUUUCCUUCACGAUUCCCCUGCCGGAUCUCCGUUUGCGCCUCCUCCGAGUCGCCGUCCUCGAUUCACCCUUCCCGCUCCGUGGGCCAUCUCAAGUCGCAGCACUAUUUGUUCCCCUGAACCGCGAAUCUGACUGGAUUUUCUCCACGGAGGCCGGCCAUCUCCAGCUACUCUUCUCCUUCCCCGGAAUCUCAAGGCUGGUACUACUAGGAAGAAACCCUACCGCCGAUGAUCCCGAUUCGUCGCCCGUCACUUGCUAUGACGAAAGCCAAGGUACCCAAUUUUUGGAAAAGCUUCGAAGUAUGUUGAAACCGCUGCUGGAGGCUCUGUCCCCCAAGACUGAUGGUGCUGGCGGAUUAGAGAAUGGAUUCGCCGAUGUUCCCAUUUGUGAAUAUGUAGACAAUGUGAUUUCUAGGAGGGUCUUAACGACGAGUGUUGGGGAAUUUGUCGGUGAAAUGCUUGUUGAGGAUGUGGAGCUCGAGAUGGAGCACACUUCGGCUGAAUUUGAUGAGAAUCCUGGGAACAAUCGCGAUUUCCGGAGGCGAUUGAGGUUUAAGAGAAUGCCAAACCUGGAUUGUGGUCUCUUUCACUAA